AUCACCAAGAGGGAGAAUGAAGCGAACAUGUCUUCUGCUCUUGUUGACUUCACUGCUCUGCUGCAGAACUUAUCCAGCCUCUCUGAUUGUGAGUCCCAGCGGCUCUCAUAUCUUCAGCUGGACAUAUGUCUCUCUCAGCUGUGAGGAGGACGACAGCUCGGCAGGAUGGACUCUGAGGAGGAACACAACCAGAGACACUGGGACUCCGUGUGGAGAUGGCUGGGGAAAUCCUGCUGGUUCUUCCUGUAACAUCGACUACAUGGUCCCAUGGGACAGUGGAGUUUACUGGUGUGAGUCCAGAGAGGGAGCAACCAGUAACAGCAUCAACAUCACUGUCACUGAUGGACCAGUGAUCCUGCAGAGUCCUGUCCUCCCUGUGAUGGAGGGAGAAGACCUCACUCUGACCUGUAAAACAAAGACGUCCUCCAACCUCCCAGCUGGUUUCUAUAAAGAUGGCUCCUUCAUCAGGACUGAGCCUGCAGGUCACAUGACCAUCCACCAUGUUAACAGGUCUGAUGAAGGCCUCUACAAGUGCAACAUCAGCAGUGUUGGAGAGUCUCCACCCAGCUGGGUCUCUGUCACAGUGUUUGGUUCAGAACUGCUCAGGCACUCUUCAAAUUGA